UGGCCAACGCCUUCAACCAACAACCUCAACGUGACUGCUCCGCUCCGUAGUUAAUAAAUGUAACUUGCCUACGUUGUGAGGAAAAACGAGUUAGAAGCAGGAUAGGAUAGGAUGCUGUUCAUCAAAGGUUGUUGCCCCAGACCACAGCGUUAACUAGUUAGUUACUAGAAAGCCACAACAAUCCACAACAAUCCACGCGCCCAACACUGUGGAUUUUUAAACCACUCGAUUAUUUAGCCAACCAACUCUUGCAUUUAUGUUGAAUCACCCUCCCUCCCUCCAACUGUUUCCUCCACUGUUCUUCAUGCAGAGUUGGCCUAGAGCUACAACCCUACAUGUAAGUCCCAUGAUUUACAUGUCUGUUAUUCGGGGGUUCUCUUUUCGUAGCGCCGGGCCAGAAAACGAGUUCAACUACCAGAUGCCAUUUGCUCCUCCAUCCCAGCGCUAUUUCCACUGCAUGCCAUAUCAGAUCAGACCAGACCAGACCAGACCAGACCAGAGAAGUGGGAAUCUCACUUCCCCUUUGAUGCUUUAGGAAAAAUCCACGGUUGGAGCUGGAGUUGUUCGGGGGAGCGAAAGGCUGCCCGGUUUCUCUCUAUAAAUUGUGUCCGUUCUCAUCUCCACCUGUUGUGGAAAUUGGCAUAUUGAGCGGAGCGCCGCCGUUCGUGGGCGCCAAAGGAGAGGGUAGUAGUAGUGUAACUACUACUGUCUAUCCCCACUGACAUUUGGAUCUAUUCUUGUAUCAGCAUCCGCUUGGCUGCUGGCUGCUGGCUGCUGAGAGAGAGAGAGAGAGAGAGAUGGGGAGAAGUUUUGAAUUUGCUCUUCAUUGAUCAAUUUCCCUCUCUUAUUGGUGUUGCUUGUGAGAUGUGUAACUAACUACUAUUGCUUGCUUGCUUUCUCUCUUUCUUUCUCUCUUUCUUCUGACAACUUCCUUUCUCCUUUUUCCUUUCUCUUCUCCUUCUCUCUCUCUCUAUUUCUCUUGUCACUUGUUACUCUCACAUAAACACUACACUCUCAUUUUUUAGAUUAUAUUAUUUUAUUCUGUUGAAUGCAUGCUUCUUCUGUUGUUUUGAUCACAUCAAAUAUUAAAUGAAUAUUCCAUUCUUUUGUGCUAUGUGAAUAGCCUAUUUCAUUGAUAUUGUCAUUCAAUAGAUGUUCGUCUUUCAUUUCACUGGCAACAAGACAACAACUCAUUUAUCAUAAACACUGACAGUGACAGUGACAGUGACAGUUAUUUUCAUUGUUUGUUAUUGUUCUCCUCAUUCUGUCCUUGUGAGGAGUUUCUAAUAUUGGAAAAAAUUCCCUAUAAUGUCAGCUUUAUGAUCCAAUACUCUUGUUGCAUUUGCUACAAAUAUCUCUGUUGAUAUAUAUGAUGCCCAUCGUCUUGUCGUUUAUGAUAUAGCCGAGAUGGGAAAUAAUAACGCUCAAUACGGGGUGCCGCCGUUGGCCGCUUCACAUCUCCGUGCACAGAAUAUACCUAUAUUCCCAUUGUCUUCGCCUAUUAACGAAGAAAUAUACACCCCCUUCGAAUCGCCCGGAAGCUCACAAUUGGUAGCCCCGGACAAAGACAACCCCUUUGCCUCGUCUGAGGACUAUUUGACCCACGGGAAAACACAGUCUGAAACCGACAAUGCAACGCAAUUCGAUAGCCAAACGGAGGAUAAACAGAAACUUCUUGGCGAGUCCUCUCAAGCUCCCCGCCCUAGCCGUUGGGAUUCAAUUAAACGCGGACGGACUAUUAUGAAGCGGAACCCCAAAGAAGCCACAACAAACAAGAAGACGCGUCCCGGACUCAACCUCGUCACGAACUUCGCCAAUGAUACGCCCAAGUAUAGAAGAGACGCAGUGUCGAAACGUCGACAGUCGGCUGGCAGGGGGUUUAUCGACCUGAAUGAUCUACGGUUACUCUCGAAGGGGACGGAAACUGCGAGACCAGUACAGGCACAGGGGAACAGGCUGUUGCCGGAGCGGAGAAUAUCGUCAGCAAAGGGGUAUGAGGAAAUCAAAGACAAUGUCGGAGAGGCCACACAGGGCCCACAGGCCAGUAACUAUGUUAAAAAGAUGAAGAAAUCUCCUCUGGAUGCGUUGCGGGCCGGUUCUCCUAGCAAAUCACAGGAUCUAUCCCCUUCCGAUCGCCCGAUUAUGAUUGGGCUAAGGGUUCCGUACAAUAACGCGGGAGGCCAGGGGAAGACCAAACGGCUCGGAGAUGAUAGCAGCACGCCGAUUAAAAGCAACAUUGGCAGCCCAAAUAGCCAGAAAAGCACAAAUUCUACACCUAUUACUCCAACCAUCAUCAUCACGCCUGCCAGGGAAGAUAAUCCUUGGGACAGCUUCAGUAGCGGAAGCCCCGAAGCGCGGCGUGCACGACCCGCUUCGAGCAUCUAUUCUCAACCUACGCCACGGGCGAAAGACGGUCGUCCACCAUCUAUCAUUCCACCUGUCCCGGCGAUUCCUGCGUCCCAUUCUUUCACCAAGACUGAGGCUAGUGAUGUAUUUGUCGACCAAGGUUCGACGACGACGACGCCCGCGCGAAGAAAUCGCGCGUUCUCUAUUGGGACUGUGAUCGAGGAUGACUCGCCUGUAUGUAGACGAACGGCGCGUCCACGAUCCAUGUCAGAUGAAAGCAGACUGCAUGCGGGAAUAGCCAGCAGAUAUAGCAUCGACACCAUCGCUACAAGGCCUCGAUCGCAGGGAUGGUGGAACCUAUUACUUUCUCCGCUCCUUUCACGCUCAAACACCAUGGCGAGCAAAAUGAGUUUUAGGUCGCCCCAAGAUGAAACACCGCCGGUUGUUCCCGCGUUUCCGUUUGCUGUGUCACAGUCACUACAGGUUGACAGUAAUCGGGACGGAGAGAAACGUGUGGUGGAGGAAGUUUCUUUCUUUUCACCAGAUACCCCUUACAGCGCGGAGGAGAAAGAGAGCCUUUGGUCAUCUGCCGCGGGCACGGUCGGCAAACCGCGUGUCGAACGUGAAGGAUCCGCUUCUGAAUGGGAUGAUGAUGACGCUGAUGAUUGUUCACAGCCAUCUUCACGCCAAUCAAGGGAUAAAGCUUCCCACAUUUCCACGGUUUCCGCCCAGACUAUUCCUUUCAUGAUCUCGAACCCUACUUCUGCUGGCUAUACACAGGAACAUUUUCACCAGAGCGUACAUGACUACUCUACUAAUAAACAAAGUCCUCCACACUUACCAUCUACGAGUCCACGCACUGGGUAUUCUAGAAACUACAUCGCAGCUUUCCCACCGGUGCCUGGCGAGAACGUUCAGGUUGAGAAUCAAAAUCCAAACAACCCGUUUUUCCAACGAUUUGUCGAUAGCCUGAGGAGCGGAGUAGAGCCUAGGGAGCGGUCGAAUUCUGAUUCAACCGUGAUCGAGGACGAGCCAGAUAUUUCCCCUAACGUUCGUCAAGCUACGGUUACUCCGUUGCUCAGAGCUGCGGCAAUAGGGCCUUUCCAAGCUGGGCAGACGGCGCCUCUACCACCGAUCCCUCGACGUGUAUCUUCCUCACCAAACCCUUUUGACAGCUCCCCGAGUUUAAGCGUGGGAAACUCAAGCAUCCAACCUCCUCCUUACUCUCCGCCUAAGAAGAUCACGAAGCUUAGGCGAUAUAGGGCUAUCUUACCUUCAGAUUUGCACCCGCAACCCCAAUCGCCAGGACCGUUAUCCCCGGAGACGCAGGCACAAAUGACGUCAAGAGGUGGUGGAAUACUAUUAUCUGGCAUUCAGCAACCCCAGCCCCCUGCAGCAACGUAUAGUGCCAGAAACGAACCCCUUCCACGAGGAGUUCUACCGCCCCGUCUGCCGAACAACCCUGUCCGCCUGUCGGACGUCGAAAGACCGGUGGAUGUACGAGCAAAUAGCGAAUCUAGGCGUCGGAGAUUAGAGCGAGAAGAUCGAAUGGCUAGGAAAGUUGGAGGGCUGUGGCGCGGGAGGGGCUGUUUGAACAACAGAGGAUGUUUUGGUAGAUCCGGUCGGGAAGGCAGAAAGAGACGCCGGUGGUACAUGUGUAUUGCAGCUAUUUUGAUCGCCAUUAUCAUUGUCAGUGUUGUACUCGCGGUUACGCUCACGAAAAAGAGUGAUGACACCCCCGAAUCGCGCUGGCUGAACCUGACCGGCUACCCGCCCAUGCCAACUGGGGUUUCAACCAUUGCGGGCCCGAAUGCAGCGGUCGCGAACUCAGGGUGUAUACGCCCGCCAACCGUGUGGAGUUGCGCAUUACCCAAAGAAAACCAGGAUGCCAAUAAGCCGUUCGACCCGGACCAACCGAACUUCAGGAUCCAGAUAAAUUUCCGGAACGGCACCUUUGCUCACAGCACAGUCCCUUCCAAUCAGGCGGCUCGAAAGAGGUCGGUCUUCACCAUUUUGAGCAAGUCGGGCGCCUCCCCCAAAUCUCUCGAUAGUCGUCAAUCGCUGCAGAAGCGGAGCGGCGGGUUCUCCCCUAUUCCCGCCCCGCCAAGUAUCGAAGAGCAGGAAUUUCUCGGAAACACGACCGAUGGAGUCACCGGGCCGUUCGCAGGGGAAGACACCCCAUUCCUUGCAACCUUCCUCUCCCCAGAACCAAUAACGAUAUCCAGCCGCGAGCGACGCGCGGACACACCUCCACCUCAACUUGAAGGCAUGGACGCCGACGACCUACGCGACGCCAUCCCCAACCCAGCACACAACCCGGACGGGGCCGCGGCGCCCGCAAACCUCCUCCCGCUGCCGAUCGCCCAGCCAAUCCGGCUGUACGACCGCGGCCUCCCUACCGAGCACUACGGCUUCUACACGUUCUACGACCGCUCCAUCUUCCUCAAAGCCGACAGGCCGCUGAACAACGACUCCGUCCUCUCCGUGGUUCCCGACGACGAGAACGGCGGCUCAACGCGCUCCGCCGCCCGCGUGCGCUGCACCUGGACGCAGACGCGCUUCCUCGUGCAGAUCUGGACGCAGCCCGCGCGGAAUGGGAUGGGAGUGAUACCGUCGUCGCCAACGUCAUCCUCUGCUGCCUCCUCCUCCUCCCCGCCAGAGUCUUCCACGGCAGGCCUCCAGCCGUCCGGCACAGAUUUCACGCGCCCGGGCUCCUUCCCUUAUCCUAUCACCAUCGUGCUGGACAGACAUGGCGGCAAUCCCAGGGCGAAGAUGGUGUAUUGCUACGAGCUGGAUUUGGAGCAGCGGUACAUUGUGAGUUCGAAGAAGCUGCAGGUGGAGGAUCGCGGGUUUGGGGGCCAGCUGGUUAGGCCGGGGACGUUGCUUGGUGGUGGGAGUGGUGGUUCUUCAUUUGGUGGGUUUGAUGGUGGGAAUGGGGGGUGUCGGUGUGAGUGGAGGAAUUGGUUGACGGUUAGAUGAUAUCUGGGGGAAAGGAGUGGGGGGGGAGAGGGUAUGGAUUUUAUGAUGUUUUAAUUAUUUAUCAUUAUGGGUUUCUACAUGUGGGGAGAUGGAUGGUAUGGAGUCUUUCUUUGCUGUGCUUUUUUUUUUUGGUGGGCCUGUCUGGUUGUCCUUGGAUUUGUUGUGAUGUUUAUGUGAUUUUUGAGUUUGCUGAAAAGAAUAAUGGGAUGUUGGAUACCUACAUCGCUUGUAGUAUAGUUUAGCUUUCUUUGUGCAGAUUGUGUAUAGUA